AUGGAAGACCUCCUCAUUAACGACACUUCACAAGACACCACCUUCAACGAUUAUGAUCCUGCCAAAUAUUUUGUCUUAUCCCCUUUUGGCAUGUAUUAUUACAGCGGAGAGGAUAGAUUCAUCUUAAAAGUCGUGACAUGCGUAACCAUUUGUAUUGGCCUUCCUUUGACCCUCAUGGCGAUUUAUGCUCUUUAUUCUCAGGUACGAAAUGAUCAUGUUGCUCCAAUCUACGUCAUCAACCUGCUCAUUUCUGACUUACUUCAGUUCUGCUACAUGAUUGUUGAGGUAGCACAGCCCAAGGAAUGGGAGAUAAUCCGUAUCUUCUCACUUAUUUACCUCUUUUGUCUGUUGGCCAGUGUUUGCUUCAUGGUGUGCAUCGCCCUGGAAAGGUAUUUGGUCAUUGUCUUCCCACUCUGGUACCGCUUCAGACAAACCAUCAAGAUCUCUGUGCUGGUCUGUGUUAUGGUCUGGACCCUGCCUCUUGUCUAUGUCCUCCCGAUCCUUUUCUGGGAUGAGAUUAAGGUCAAAUCAAUCAUCUUCAGUGUCUUUUGCCUCCUUCCCCUCCCACUGCUCAUAUUCUUCCUGGGUGGGACCCUCAAAGCUCUGUCAGCUUCUAUCUCAGUGCCAUCUGAUGAAAAACGACGAAUUGUAGGAAUUUUGGUCCUGGUGCUGCUUAUUUACGUCCUGCUGUUCCUGCCUACUGUCAUUUGGUUCCUGACAGAUGAGCUCCAAUAUUCAGACACUCUCUACUACAAGUUUUCUCUGUUUCUUAAGAUGAAUCCUCUUGCAGACUUAAUUCUGUAUGUUUUCAUGAAGAAAGGGGCCAUAGACAAGGUAUUAACCUCUGUGUGUUGUUGCAGAAUGGACAGCAAUGAUAUCAGCAGUGCAGCAGAAUGA